GUGCCCGGCAGUCUGCGGGCGCUGCGGAGCGAGCGCGGCCAUGGCGGCGGCCCCGGCGGAGGCGGAGACCCGGCAGCGGCUGCUGCGCACCGUGAAGAAGGAGGUGAAGCAGAUCAUGGAGGAGGCAGUGACGAGGAAGUUUGUGCAUGAGGACAGCAGCCACAUCAUCUCCUUUUGUGCCGCCGUGGAAUGCUGUGUGCUCUUCGGGCUGAAGCGGAGGGCGGCCGGGUUCCUGCGCAGCAACAAGAUCGCAGCGCUCUUCAUGAAGGUGGGCAAGAGCUUCCCCCUGGCAGAGGAGCUCUGCAGGAAGGUGCAGGACCUGGAGCAGCUCAUUGAGAACGCGAGAAACCAAGCCCAGGGGGUCCCGGAGAACGUGCGCAAGGUGCCGAAGCUGCCCAACCUGUCUCCUCAGGCCAUCAAGCACCUCUGGAUCCGCACAGCCCUCUUCGAGAAGGUCCUGGAUAAAAUCGUGCACUACCUGGUGGAGAACAGCAGUAAGUACUAUGAGAAGGAAGCUCUCCUGAUGGAUCCCGUGGAUGGGCCAAUUCUAGCAUCUUUAUUGGUGGGGCCCUGUGCACUGGAAUACACCAAGAUGAAGACUGCUGACCACUUCUGGACAGAUCCCUCUGCAGAUGAGCUGGUCCAGAGGCACAGGAUCCACAGCUCCCACUGCCGCCAGGACUCGCCCACCAAGCGCCCGGCGCUCUGCAUUCAGAAAAGACAUUCCAGUGGCAGCAUGGAUGACAGGCCCUCCCUGUCUGCCAGGGACUACGUGGAGUCCCUGCACCAGAACUCCCGAGCCACACUCCUGUACGGCAAGAACAACGUCCUGGUGCAGCCGCGAGAUGACAUGGAGGCAAUCCCGGGGUAUCUGUCCCUUCACCAGACUGCUGACAUCAUGGCACUGAAGUGGACCCCCAACCAGCUGAUGAACGGCUCCGUGGGGGACCUGGACUAUGAGAAGAGCGUGUACUGGGACUAUGCCAUGACCAUUCGCCUGGAGGAGAUCGUGUACCUGCACUGUCACCAGCAGGUAGACAGUGGUGGCACGGUUGUCCUGGUGAGCCAGGAUGGCAUCCAGAGGCCACCCCUGCGCUUCCCCCGUGGAGGACACUUGCUGCAGUUCCUGUCCUGCCUGGAGAAUGGCCUCCUGCCCCACGGGCAGCUGGAUCCACCCCUCUGGUCACAGCGGGGAAAGGGAAAGGUGUUCCCCAAACUGAAGAAGAGAAGCCCCCAGGGCUCCUCGGAGUCCGCGUCCGACAAGGAAGAUGAUGAAGCCACGGAUUAUGUCUUCAGGAUCAUCUACCCCGGGACACAGACGGAGUUUGUUGCCAUUAAUGGUGCUUUUCACCCAUUCCUUGCACCUGUGACUGCUGGGAGAGGGAAGAUCAUGAAGAUUCCAGCUGGAAGCAAGAUGGUGGUGAUCCCCAAGUGGUGUCUGAGUCUCCCUGGCAGAUCCCGAGCUCUCCGUGCUGCUCUGGGCACCUCUGGGCAUCAGUUGCCCCAGGACCUGAUGGACGCUCCAGGGGCUGUCCUGCCCCCCAUGUGGCAGCCCAGCACCCGCAAAUCCUCCUGCUCCUCCUGCUCCCAGAGCGGCUCCUCCGACGGGGGCCCGGCCAAUGGCUGCAGCCACGAGAGAGCUCCACUGAAGCUGCUGUGUGACAACAUGAAGUACCAGAUCCUGUCCCGGGCCUUCUAUGGAUGGCUGGCCUACUGCAGACACCUGUCCACGGUGAGGACCCACCUGUCGGCGCUGGUGAACCACAACAUCGUGUCCCCUGAUGUCCCCUGCAGCGCCAGCGCGGGGCUCACCGUGGACAUCUGGCACAGAUACCUGCAGGACAGCUCGAGUUACGAGGACCAGGAGCUGCUGCGGCUGAUCUACUACGGCGGGAUCCAGCACGAGAUCAGGAAGGCGGUGUGGCCCUUCCUGCUGGGCCAUUACCAGUUUGGGAUGACAGAGGCAGAGAGGAAGGAGGCUGACGAGCAGACCCGGGCGUGCUACGAGCACACCAUGGCAGAGUGGCUGGGCUGCGAGGCCAUCGUCCGGCAGCGCGAGAAGGAGUCCCACGCCGCGGCCCUGGCCAAGUGCUCCUCGGGGGCCAGUCUGGACUCCCACAUCCAGAGGAUGAUGCACAGGGACUCGACCAUCAGCAACGAGUCCUCGCAGAGCUGCAGCUCUGGCCGGCAGAACCACGCCCGGCUGCAGAGCGACUCCAGCUCCAGCACCCAGGUGUUUGAAUCUGUGGAUGAGGUGGAGCAGACUGAAGUAGAUUCUCAGCUGGAAGAUGGCAAACAAAGCAAGAUCCCCAAUGGGACAGUCCCCAACGGCACGUGUUCCCCUGAUUCUGGGCACCCCUCUUCCCAAAACUUCUCCAUCACAUCGGGGUUCUCGGAGCGCAGCUUCAGCAACGAGGACAGUGCCCUGGAAACCACCAAAUCCUCCUCCAGCUCCCAGGGAAAGGCUGCUGGCUCCGACCUGCCAGCCCCACCAGACACAGACGGUGUCCAGCAGGAGAAGCUGCAGGGCCAAGACAGCCUGGAAGGUGAAUUUCCCACUGGUGGCAGCGUGGAUUUUGUCCCCAUGGGUGAGGGCUCGGCAGGGCUCCUGCGUGACAGUGACACUGUGGCCCUGACUGUGGUGGAGAGCUGGGCAGACAGCGAGGCUGAGAAGCAGAGCCUGGUGGAGAGUGAGGACAACCUCUCAGAGGAGCCAGAGAUGGAGAGUCUGUACCCACAGCUGGACUCUCUGACUGUGACUGAUCUGACCAGCAGUGAACCAGCUGCUCUCUCCUCCACGGGCGUCACCUACUCUCCAGAGCUGCUGGACAUGUACACGGUGAACCUGCACCGCAUCGAGAAGGACGUGCAGCGCUGUGACCGCAACUACUGGUACUUCACCCCCGCCAACCUGGAGAAGCUCCGCAACGUCAUGUGCAGCUACAUCUGGCAGCACAUUGAGAUUGGCUAUGUGCAGGGGAUGUGUGACCUGCUGGCCCCUCUCCUGGUCAUCCUGGAUGAUGAGGCUCUGGCUUUCAGCUGCUUCACCGAGCUGAUGAAGAGGAUGAACCAGAACUUCCCCCACGGAGGAGCCAUGGACACCCACUUUGCCAACAUGAGGUCACUGAUCCAGAUUCUGGACUCUGAGCUCUUUGAGCUGAUGCACCAGAAUGGGGAUUACACUCAUUUCUACUUCUGCUACCGAUGGUUUCUCCUGGACUUCAAGAGAGAGCUGGUGUAUGAUGAUGUCUUUGCUGUCUGGGAGACCAUCUGGGCUGCUGCUCACGUCUCCUCUGCUCACUACGUGCUCUUCAUAGCCCUGGCCCUGGUGGAGAUGUACCGGGACAUCAUCCUGGAGAACAACAUGGAUUUUACAGACAUCAUCAAGUUUUUCAACGAAAUGGCCGAGCGCCACAACACCAAGCAGAUCCUGAAGCUGGCUCGGGACCUGGUCUAUAAAGUGCAGACUCUGAUUGAGAACAAAUGAAGGAGCCGGGGCAGACGAGGCACCCAAAGAGCCAGGACUCCCCUCCGACGCUUCCUCCCUUCUCCUGUUUCUCCAAGUGCCACACCCGUGGGACUCAGGUGGUGGGACAUGUGCUGCUAUGUGAGCUGGGAGUCCCCUGGGCUCAGCACAGGCCCAGGCUCAGACCUUCUGCAGUGACUCAACCAAAGAUCCCUCCAGGUGUGUUCCUGUGCUGGGAGCAGGACCAGGCAGUGGCUUCCUGGCCUCGGAGCAGCUGCCGUGGCCACCAAAACUGCCCAGGCAUUGCCACAUUCCAGGGUGGAGCUCGGGGGCUGGGGGAGCAGGGCUUGGUAGCACAGAGGCAAAGCUGAUUCCUUGGAAAGCUGCUUCCUUGGGCAGCCCUUCCCUGUGGUGUGGGAAGGCAGCCAGCCCUGAGAGCCCAGGCAGCGCAGGGAUGCUGCCAGUUCUCAGCUUCUCACCAACACAACGAAGUUCUGCCAGUAAUGGCGGGCACUUUGAUCACAGAAAUUCCUCUUUUGAUCUUGUCCCUCAAUGCAUUGCUUCCCCUUCAGUAUUAUCUUUUUUUAGGGCUGUGUUUUCUCCCUGGGAUUUUACCUUGUUCCUACAAUAUCUGAGCACACGAGAGGUUCAUGUCUGGAUGUAUUUUCAGAACAGCUCCAAAUUCAGCAUUGGGGUUAUUUUUCAAAAUACAGCCUCUUUAAUGUUCUCUGAACACUGGGAAAUCUGGUCCUGACCUCCUCUGGGAACUCCAGGCUGGAGGUUUUCUUACCUGCCUUACUUUAGCUGCUUGUGGUAGGAGUCUGGUCUCUUGUUGUUCCUCUGAGCUCUUGUGAGGGAAGGACUCAGAAGGCAAGUCAGAGCUCCUGAUUAUCCUGACUUUCCCUCUGACAGCUUCAGGGCUGGCUGUUGAGUCCCUAAACCCACUGAGCAUCUCCAGUUAGGUCUUGGUGGGCUUUCCCCACAGGCCUGUGAGGGGAAAAUAGCCCAAGGUCCCUGAAUGGGCUUUGCUUUGGGAAGAUGCACUUGUGUGGCCACUUUUCCUGCACAGCCUGGAGCCCACUGCAUGAAGUGCCUCUCCAGCUGCUGUGUCCCACACAGGCUGCCCUGCAGAGGCUUCGGAGUCAUUUUUCAACUCAGGUAAAAACAAUACAGGAAAAGGAGAGGGGUGGGUGGAUGGAGGGUCCAGCCCAGCCCGGGAGGGCAGUGCUGGGCUGGAGCUCUCUCUGAGGGUACUUUCUCUCAAGUUUUGCUGCAAACAUUUGUGUUCCCCCCUGGUGCAAUGUGUGCUGUGUGUGUGCUCUCCUCUGGCCCUGCUCCUGCCUUGCUGCUGGAGUGCUCCCACAGGAGGGAAAGGGGCCCUUCCUCCCCCUGUGGAACAUCUGUCUGUGGUGGUUUGUGUUGGCUCGUGGCACGUGUCAGAUGUUGCUGGCAGAAAAAAGGUGGUUGUCAGUGUGCACAGGAGAAAAGUGCUGCUUCAGGGAAGGUCUGAGCAGCGUGGUGCAGUGGUUUGCUGUCUUUGAGCAAAUCAGCAAUUUCUGUAUUCUGGGAUAUGGAGGUCACAGCUGGAAAAGGCAGUGGCACGUCCUGAACCCUUUGGGGAAGGGGCUGAGGAAGGGGGAGAGCAAUGGGCAGCCCUUCACUCCUCAUAAUCCCAAAAGAUGUGUACAACAAUCUGGGAAAUUCCCUGAAGCAGUAAAACCCCAAAGGGUGCUGGGCUGCAGUAGCACAGGAAACAAAGAGCUUGAGAUCUGCCAGUUCCUGUGAGAAUCUUUCAUCUUUCCACCAAGCAAGAGUGAAAAGCUCGUGUCCUCCCUCCUUCCAGGCUGCUCCUGUUCCCCCAGGGCUCUAGGAAGGUCUGUCACCUGCCUAGAGGGAAAGGGAAGUGUCUGUCCUCCCUUUCCUGAGGGCCAGGGACCUACAGGUCACCUUAAACACCACCUGACCAAGCAACAUUGCUGACACUAAACCUUUCAAGCUUCUUUCCUUGGUUUUUAAACAAAAACAGCCAAGAAAUUCUGCACAAUAUUUGCUGUCUGUAUUAACUGAGAGUGUCUUUGGGCCGCUCAAUAGCAGUGUUUUUUUGAAUAAUUUCUUGGGGGGGGAAAAAGUAUUUAUUUAUUGAUUGUACCUGACUGUGUGUCCUUGUGUGCUGGCGUGUGAGUGCGCUCUGUUGUGCAAAUGGAGAUAGAAAUUUUCAAUGUUAUUUACGAUAUCUUGUAAAUGUUUACCAGAGAAUCGUGUCUAUAUAUAAUAUAUAUACAGUAUAGAGAGAAAAUAUGUCAACUAAGUGGGUUAUUUUUUGAGGGGGGGGACGGGUGAGAAAUCUUUUGCUUCUAAGAACUGUGUGGUUUCUAUAGCACCUAUUCCAUGAUGUGCCAAUCUGUCACUGUCCCUGUGCUGGGAGAGCUGUUCUGGUGGGGCAACAGGAAGCUCAGAGCAGAGCCACCAUCACAACCUCAGUUUGGCUUCACCUUGGUUCUGACUUUAAAACUGGACAAGAGGAAAAAAAAAAAGAGGGAACACUAAUAUAAAAAAGAUAUAUUUCAGCUGUAUCCUGGGCAAGUUCUUGUGCUUGUGGGGACCCACAGUGAGACCCCUCUAGGAGCCUGGGGCACUCUUUGAUGGUUAAAAGCUGUUAAGAAGCUGAAAGACAAAGGUUUUUCUGUGCAGCUGUUUGUGGGUCUUCUCUGGGCUCAGCCUCUCCUGCCUGGCUCUGCCCCCCUGCUGGAUCCCCAUGAGAUAAAGCCUUGUUCUGGAAUUCUGACAGGGCGGUCGUGGUGCUGGAAGCCAGCAGGGAUCUCUCCCAGCCGUGCAGCCCGGGAUGGCCUGUUUGCCACGCAGGAGAGGCCUGUCACCAGGCUUGUCCAUAUACAGUAAUCUUGUCUGGCCCCUUGGGGAAGAGGAAUGUCUCAUCCCAGCAGCUCUGUGCAGUGCAGCUCCCCCACAAUGGCACUGCCAGCCCAGGACUAUUUUAGCCUGUUGUUGGCUCUGUGGGAACAGGGGCUGGAGCUCUGUGCCUUAAACUGACAGAGGGCAGGGUUGGAUUGGAUUUUAGGGAGAAAUUCUGCACUAUAAGGCACUGGCACACCCUGGAUCCCUGGAAGUGUCCCAAGCCAGGUUGGACAGGGCUCGGAACAACCUGGGAUAGUGGAAGGUGUCCCUGCUUGUGGCAGGGAGUGGAACUGGGUGAUCUCUAAGUUUCCUUCCAACCCCAACCAUUCCAUAACUCCAUUCCUUCCAAGGAGAUUGCUGCAAGG